AUGAGAGCAUGGCUCAUAGGCCUAGCUGUCCUCAGAGCUGUGGCCGCACAGACUUGCACGAAUGGCGGCUACGCUCAAGCAGGAGCUUGUGUCUGCCCGCCCGGUCUGACAGGCCCGACUUGCGCUACGUUGGCAUGCGGCAAUCCUGUCCAAGCAUCGGCGAGUAGACCAGCCAUCGCCGCCAAUGCAGGUGGCAGGGGAUGUGCAGGUACUGGCGCAUGCUCGAGCGGGUUUACAGGUCUCGAUUGCAAUCUCUGCACGAGUGCGCAAGCCUGCUCAGCUGCUCUUGGCACAACGAGUAGCCCACCGGCAAGCUCAGCACUCUCGCCUGUCAACACAACAGUGACCUGUCAUCAAUCGCCGCUCACGUUCACAGAGGGCUUUACAUCAUGCGGGGUAAUCAAUCCUACCUUGCAAGCCGUUUUCCCAGGCUCCUUCACGCUCAACAUCCAGCGCUCUCUCAAUACCAGUCAGAGUCUUUCGAGCGCAUUCGGCAGCCCGGGCACAGCGCUUGCUCAGCUAUGGUUCUCGAAUGGCUCGACGCCCCAGCAACAAUUCUACUGUAGCGCCUCGAGCUGUACGCAGACUGCUCUCGGCCCGGCAGCCAGUCCACACAACGUGACGUACGACUGUGACAAUCUCUCGUGCAACUGUAUACCCGGCAGCAAGCUUUGCGGCGGUGGUGGCCCGCUCGACUUGACCGCCACAAUCAAUGGCCUCAGCGGUCCUCUCGGUGUAGACUGCGACAACACCGGCUCGGGCACAUGCUACUUCAAGCAAGCUGUUCUCCAGUCAUUGUUCGGUCAGAAUGGCCUCGGCCUGUCCAAUUGUCAAUUCGGUGAAUGCGUUCGUCAGAACGUCAUCGAUACCUAUACUGCUUCCAUCGAGCCAACGGACUCUUCGCUCAGCGGCGGGGUCAUUGCCGGCUUAGCAGUGCUCGGCGCAGUGAUUGCGUCUCUGAUGAUCUUAUUGCUCGUCGGUCUACGCAAGCAAGCUAAAGCAAGGCGGAUACCCUACAUCGAUGAACCGACGCGGCCAGUUGGCCUCAGCUGGCAAAAUCUGACUUAUCACAUACGGUCAGGUUCAGCCUUGCAUUCAGCAAAGACGGAAAGAACGGGCGAGCACCUCACACGGUCAGUCUCUGGCUCGUACUUGCCCGUCGUUCGCACACAGAGCUCAGGCAAAGCGAUCCUGUCCGAUGUGUCAGCCACCGUACCAGCGGGUAGCUUGCUGGCUGUCAUGGGCGAAUCAGGCGCUGGCAAGUCGACUUUGCUCGACAUUCUCGCCGGACGGCGCAAAGCAGGCACAGUGCGUGGCAAGGUCGACGUGACCGACACGACUGGCUUGCGCAAUGUCAACAUUGCCUAUGUCGAUCAAGAAGACAUUCUGCCGGCUCAUCUGACAGUACGCGAGGCGCUUCGAUUUGCAGCCACUCUGAAAAUGCCAGAGAAUGCACCGCGAGAGCUCAAAGAGGGCCGUAUUGGGACUGUGAUGGCUCAGCUUGGCUUGACGGCCGUGUCGGAGUCUCGAAUCGGUUCCGGCGAGUCGCGCUCUUUGUCCGGUGGCGAACGUCGUCGCCUGUCUAUUGCACUAGAGCUGAUCGCAAGGCCGAGUAUUCUGAUUUGUGACGAGCCUACGUCAGGCCUAGAUGCAUCCAACGCCACGCGUGUCGUCGAGAUGCUACACAAUCUCUCGCAAGGCGAUGAUCAGGUCGGGCGGACAACGGUCAUCAUCUCAAUACAUCAGCCUUCAUCGCGCAUCUUCCAAUUGUUUGACUAUAUCAGUUUGCUAGCUGUUGGCGGGCGACAGAUCUACUUUGGACCUGCUCAAGCAUCGAUGAAGCAUUUCGCAGACCUCGGCAUGCCUUGUGCCGUCAACUACAACCCUGCCGACCAUCUGCUCGAGAUUGCCUCGGCUGAUGUACAAUCGAGACCUGUCAUCCAACGGGCAAUGAGCCAACAGUCGCAAAAGGAAGAUGAGAAAGUUGCAACAUCCAGCCUGACGUCUCAGAACGAAACGACUUCGACCAUCCGCAAAGCAUACCCUUGCGCGACAUUCCUGACUCAGAUCGAGGCACUGUCCCGGCGCGAGGCAAUCAACUUGCGGCGCGACCUGACGCUGGGCGUCAUGCACAAUCUUGUAGCCAUAUGUGUCGGCCUACUCGUUGGCGGUCUUUUCUACAACGUAGACGAUUCGAUCGCUGGCUUUCAAUCCCGAGUCGGCUCACUCUUCUUCCUCGGCACACUACUGUCCUUCUCUGCGCUGUCAGCACUCUCGACCAGCGCAGACUCUCGCAGGCUAUUUCUUCGAGAGCGUGCCUCGGCGUACUACUCGCCCUUUGCCUGGCUGCUCAGUCGGAUAAUGUUCGACAUGAUACCCCUGCGCCUCGUACCAGCGACAUUGCUGGGUCUGAUCGUCUACUGGAUGGUCGGCUUGUCGCCGCACGCAGCCGAAUUCUUCAAAUUCCUGCUCAUCGUGCUCGAAUUCAGCAUCGCCAUUACGUUGUUCAAUUUCGUGCUUGGUCUGGCAAUACGAGCGACCGGUGUCGCCAUCUUGCUAUCAGCCAUCACGAACCUGUUUCAGAUGGCGCUGGCAGGCUUCUUCAUCAAUCUGCCCAAAGUACCCGGCGUGCUCAGAUGGCUCCAAUGGCUCGAUCCGCUUCGCUAUACGCUCGAAGCAUUGGCAGUCAACGAGGUCACGUCUGGGCUAUCAAUCACAGACGAGAUCAGUGGCGUGCCCAUUUCAGUCUCUGCUACCUUGAUCAUGAAGCUCCUAUUUGGCUUCUCGAGCUCGGCCUAUUACCGUGACGUCCUCGUUAUGUUUGCUUUCAUAGCACUCUUCGGUACCAGCCUACUCGGGCUCGUUUGGCGAUUACACGAGAUCAGAUGA